GCUCGGGCGGCCGCGGCGACGACGACGCAGUGCCACAAGCCGAUUCGCCAUGGCCGACGACGACAGCAGCAGUGCCAAGACGCCGAGCAGCAGCGCCACGUAUAGCCCAUUGCCUCCGUCGUAUAUACCAACGUACUCGCCCUUUUUAAUGGACUCGUAUGUGAGUUUGGGUCUCAACGGCUCGGUGCAUGGCUUCUCGUCGCCCGGCAGCUUCUUCUCGGGCGUGCCCGACGACGGCCCGGCGUCGGAAGAGGACAUCUACAGCUCGUUGUCGCAUCUACCGAGCGCCAUGAACAGCCUCUCGCGGCGAACGUCGUAUACGGCGAGCGAGGACGACGACCCGCAGGACGACCAAACGCCGUCCGACGACACGCUCUGGAACUGCGUCGUGUGCACCAAGCUCAACCAGCUCGAGACGUGCUCAUUCUGCGCGACGGCGAAGGGCGCGGCCUUUGCACCGACGCCACGCACCAGCGACGACUGCCGCACGCGGGGCACGGCCAUCGGCUUUGACGCGCGCAUGCAGCUCCACCGCGAGAUUCAGCCGCGCGACCAGUAUGACAUGCACCCCGAACGCCCCGACCGCAUCGGCGCCAUUUACGCGCAGUGCCAGCUCGACGGCGUCGUCGACCGGUGUACGCAGAUCUCGGAUGUGCUCGUGGACCCGAACGACCUCUUGCGCGUGCACUCGCCCGAGUACCUGCAGUACCUCGACGAGAUCUUUACGUUGCCUUUCCAUCACUUGACGCCCGACACGUACUGUUGCGCCGACUCGAAGACCGCUGCGCAUCUCUCGGCUGGCAUUGUCGUCGCGUUGAUGGAAAAAGUGGUUCGGAACGAGUACCGCAACGCGUUUGCGAUCGUGCGCCCCCCCGGCCAUCACGCCGAGCCGCAGCAUGCGAUGGGCUUUUGCAUGUUCAACAACGUGGCCGUCGCGGCCAAGGCGGCCGUGCACAAGCUCGGGCUCCAGCGCGUUCUGAUUGUCGACUGGGACAUCCACCACGGCAACGGGACCGAGCACAUGUUUGAAGACGACCCGACCGUGCUCUACUGCUCGUUGCAUCGCUUUGACGGGAAUGGUGCCUUUUAUCCCGGCACGGGGUCGCCAGACGCAGUUGGGUCGGGCGCGGGCGCCGGCUUCAACGUCAAUAUCGGGUGGUCCGGCGGCGGUGUCGGUGACGCCGAGUACCUCGCUGCGUUCGAUCGCGUGCUCAUGCCCGUGUUUCGGUCGUUUGACCCGGAGCUCGUCCUAGUCUCGGCCGGUUUUGACUCGGCGAUGGGCGAUCCGCUUGGCCGCUGUCGGCUCACGCCCGGUGGCUACGCGACGAUGACGCACCUCUUGAGCUCGCUCGCCCAUGGCAAGCUCGUGCUUGCGCUCGAGGGCGGGUACAAUCUGCAGUCGAUUGCGCGGUCCGCCUCGGCGUGCAUACGAACGCUGCUCGGGGACGCCGUGCCGGCGCUGCAUUUGGAGCCGCCGAUGGCUUCCGCGCUCGCAGCCAUUGAGACGACGCGACGACACUUGGCGCCGUACUGGCCUUGCCUCCAGCCCGUGCCGCGGGAGGGAAGUAGCAGCGGCAGUGACGGCGACAGCAGCAGCAACAGCGCCAGUGACGACGACGACGACGACAAACAGACAGACGAGACGACGCGGUUGCGGCAACUGCGGGCGCUGCAGACCAAAGUAACCCGCGCGGCAAGGAUCGACCCGCACUUGCGGCGCGACAUUUUUAAAAAACUCGACGAAAAGCGAGCGCGGCGCUAUCGACCGUACCCCAAGAAGCUCUAAGACCCCUCGACUCUGCUAGAAAAAUUCAACCAUUUUUGUCCACGC